AUGUGGGUAGCCACGUGUGUGGGACUUACUAACGAUGACAAGCUGUCAUUUACUUUUAUUUUACUGUGUACAAUCCAAGUAGAACGUAAACAACCAGUUUAUGGUAACUGGCUAAUGGGGUUAACACUCGGACAGUCCGAUAUGACGAGGCUGCGAGAGCGUGCAGCUAGCUUGUUAGCCGCGGUUAUUACGAAGCACGUCUCACUUAGGCACUUCUGGCAUCAAAACAAUGUUAUUUAACUCCAGACGCCUAAUUUAACAGCUAGACACAAACAUACAUACAUCAGCUACAUUUAAGCGAAAACGCAGCUGUAUAUAAUCACAAUAAAGGUAAUUUUUAUACAAUCAACUCUAUAAACCUAACGCACCUUCCUUCUUCGCCUUCGGUGCCAUGUUGGGAAAGGAAGAACGGGAGGGGUUUCCUUCAGUAUAUCGCAGGGGUUCACGUUAACACGCGCAGUCAUCGCGAGAACAUCACAAGGCAUUAUGGGUUCUGUAGUCCACGUGCGCGCUGUAAAUAUCGAGCGCAGCCACAGCAGAGCGGGGCUUAUGAGGAGCACAGUCACGCAGUGAAAGCCAAAAGUUACUUUUAAACGUUUAUUUUUUUGUAUUGUUUAAUGCAUUUGUCACAAAAUAACCUAAUAACCUACUAAAUAAUAUUUGCCUCCACAACAAAAAUGUUUCGACUAAAUAAAGUUAGUCUAGUCUAAAAUAGGCUACUUGUAGAAUAAUUAAAAAAAGCCUUCUUCCUUUUAAGUCACCGGACAGAAUGGUUGAGUGUUUGCUCUCACAUGAUGAACUCUCUACCCCCUGUGAAAGGAAACAGGAUCAUCUGUGAACUCCCUUUGUACUUUACAAGGGAUGCUGCAGUGCACACCAAAGAUGGCUUCAAUAUUACCGUUAAAGAUGCAUGUCAAGGACAGAAAACAGGAUUGAAUGUAGCCAAGGUCAUUGUUGUUGGUGAUGUAGGAGUUGGAAAGACCUGUUUAAUAAACAGAUUCUGCAAAGACUCAUUUGACAAGACAUACAAAGCAACUAUUGGAGUGGAUUUUGAGAUGGAGAGAUUUGAGGUCCUCGGGGUGCCCUUCAGUUUGCAGUUGUGGGACACAGCAGGUCAGGAAAGAUUCAGAUGCAUUGCAUCCACAUACUACAGAGGAGCUCAAGCCAUCAUUGUUGUCUUUGACCUGAGCAAUUAUAGCUCUUUGGAUCAUGCAAGAGAGUGGCUUGAAGAUGCCAUGAGAGACAAUGACCCAUCUAGUGUUCUCCUCUUCCUCGUGGGAACCAAAAAGGAUCUUAGUCACCCAGAGCAGUUGGCUGUAAUGGAGCAAGAAGCCGUUCGGAUCUCAGAGGAAAUCAGAGCAGAGUAUUGGGCCGUGUCUGCGCUGUCAGGGGAAAGUGUGAGAGAUUUUUUCCUACGGGUUGCAUCGCUUACAUUUGAGGCAACCGUGUUAUCUGAGCUGGAGAGGAACAAAAGACAAGCGAGUGAUAUUGUCAAAAUCUCGAACAAUUGUGAUGAAAAUGUUAAGAAGAGGCAAUCCAACUGCUGUCGUUGACUAAAAGUAUGUUAUGUUCAAAUGGCCAUAGAAAUGAUCCUUGAGUACAGACUUUGGGAUGAUGUCCCAUAAUGCCCAGAUGAACAUCUUUGAAGAUAAAAAUAAUACACACAGAGGACGUGGCCAGUGAGAUGAGGGGAUCUCACGAAGAAUUCAUCUGAAAGUGAAGUUUGAAAUGUAAUCAGAAGUGUACUAAUGAAUCCAUGAUAUAUUCCAUGUUUAAGUUAUGAAUUUGAAUGCAUUUUUCAAUAUCAUAACUGUAUUGCAUGCAUGAUUAUUAUCUGGAUACACAGUAAUUGAGUUUGUCAU